AUGGAUCCCGCACCUAUAUUGUCUUCAAGAUCAGAUAUGGAAAGAAGAAGACUAGAAUCAACGAUAGAUAAUGAUUUACACUCACUUUCUUUAUCAUCUUUACCAACUUCCACUACAUCCCAUUCCCAUUCCCAUUCAUUCAUAUCUUCGAAUACGUCCACUAUAUCAGUCGAGUACCCUCGAGCUGCUGAAUCUAUGACAAUGUCAUUCUCCUCACAACCUCAUCACCUCCAACAUCCUCAUGGACAAGGUCAAGGUCACGGUCGAGAGACGAAUGAUACACCCCGAGCAAGUGUUAGACAUCCUCAUCCAAAUUCAAGAAGGAUGAGUAGUUUUGGAUUCAACGGUGAACAAAGUAUGUUCGUGGGCGCUAGUCCUGUAUCAACCGCAGGUCAUCACGCAAGUGCAAUAACUCUCGGUGCAGGCGUAUUUGGCAACACAAAUGGUAAUGGCAAUGGAAAAGAUUACGAUCAAGGCAGUGAGUUUGAUCCUGAAAGGAGUUUGGGUAGGUUAGUAGGUGAAUUAGGUAGAGUCAUGGGAAGUGAUAAACUCCCCUCCAGGCCAGCUUCACCGUUCUCACCACCAAGAUCACCAUCACCGCUUCCAUCAUUAGUGAAUUCCCAACCUGCGAAUUUAUCAUUCACGUUGACUCGAAAUGAUCCACUCCUAAGUCCCCCUUCAAGUGGUGGUGAACAAACCAUUACUCAAGGAAAUAAACCAAAUUUCAACUCUCAGCCUACUUCCCGAUUCUCAUCUCUCGCCAGAGAAUUGGGAGAUGAUAUAAAAGCAGCCAGACAAGCUCCUCGAAGGGCUUUGAGUGAUUCUACAUCUCACAAUAUCCAGAAGUCUGCACCAGUGUCCAAACAAAAGGAUAAGAAUGGCAAUGAUAGAUUGAAAUCACUCCAAAAUGAAAAUAGGAGAUCUUCCAGUGCACCCGUUCGACCAACAAGAGAUAAUUCCAUGGACGUUACGGGUUAUACAAAUUUGAUGGCCACUCCUGCAAAAGGAGGUGAAUAUGGCUCCAUACAUAAGAAUGGUGAAGUGGGAAGUGAAGCAGCUAACCUUGCUGGAACGCUCGCUACUCUCCAUGCAAGAUUACGUGCUUUGGAAACUGAAAAUUCAGUCUCCCGCAGACGGGUAAGAGAGCUAGAAGACGAGCUUGAAAAGGCUAGAUUGGAAGUCGAGCUCGCCAGGCAAGAUGGGGGAAAGAGAUUGCGUGAUGUAAUUGGAGAGAAAUCAGCUCUCGAAGAUCUAGUGGAAUCUCUUCGAUCACAUUUAGCUCGAUUGACUAUGGAGGUUGAAUCCAACAAAGCUUUAAUUGCGGAAUUACGUUCAGCGUCUUCACCACCACCACGACAGUCUUCCUCUCUGUCGACCGGCUCUCCUAACGUAUCAACUGAACUCGAUGCCUUGCGACGACAGAUCGAACGUCUGACGAAAGAGGUUGAGAGACUAGGUGGGAUAGUGGAAGAAGGCUUGGAAACUCGUAAAAAAGCCAGAGGUGAACGUACGAUACGCAUGGAAAGAGAAGAAAUGGAGAAUUUAGUCAGACAGGUAAUGGAUGAGGAGAAUGAAGAAUUGAAGAAAGCUCAAAGGGAUAUGGAAAAACGCAAACAACGUAUAAACCAACAACAACAGCAACAACAACAGCAACAACAACAGCAGCAGCAGCAGCGACAACAGCAACAACAGCUUUCAAAAACCCAAAGGGAAGUUGUUGAACCUUCAAUAUUGAGACAAGGUUUACAUACUGCUGCUUCAAUUGUACCGACUCUUGCUCCUCCGACUGUUCAGCCUAACAAAAUACAACAACGUCCAACUCCACCUCCGUCAGAUGAUGGCAUACAAUCUCCUACUCCAGUAUCGAGAUCCUCUUCACGUCAAUCCCGAUCUUUAAGUCAAGAGCAGCCGUCAACGAGAGAUGCGAAUCCUAGAAGGACUAAAGCCAGUCGAAGAGGUUCAGAUGAAGAUGGUCCCUCAUCACCUUUCCCAAGUAUAGUAGGGGACGACUUAGAAGCUGAAUUCUUCUCCCCAUCACGUAAAACACAUGCUGAGAAAGCGUCACCACGAGGAGUACAAUUCACACAAGCUCAAGCUGAGCUAAGAAGCAACAUCUCUUCUGGUAAUACUCAGAGAUCGACCUCUGGUAAUGCUCAAAGUGGUGGAUCUGCAAGAAGAGGUACGGAUGGUGAAGAGUUGCCUCCCCAGACUGUAUUGGUCAGAGUGGUUAGAGAGCUGGAAGAUGAUUUCAGUCAUUACAAAGCUAUUUAUUCGGAAUUGGCAGAUCAGUAUAAGUUACUUGAUCCAGCGUCGAUCUCCUCCAAAAGACACGUACUAGCUGAUCAUCUAAGGGAAGUCAUCGAUGUUUUAGAACAGAAAGCAGAUCAAAUAGGAGAUCUAUACGAUUUACUCUCAUUCACAGAUAAACCUCUCACCUCUAAUCCAGAUGCGGAUCUGAAAGAUGGGAAAUGGAUAGGGAAGAGUGUGGGAGAUGUAUUGAAGAUGGUCAAAGAGUCUCUAGGCGAAGAAGUUUGGCAAAGAUUGGAAAAUGAUUUAACAGGAAUGAAUCUACGAAAAGGUGGUAAAGAAAUAUAA